AGAGAGAGAGAGGUGGUGGUGAUGGUGGGAGACUAUUUAUUGUGGUAAGCUCUAACUACCAUUAUUUUAGUGACCACUCACCACUGUCAUCAGGUAUGUUCAUCUACAUUUAUAGGCAGCUCUUUCAGUCCUUUGGAGCCAAACCGAACCUACCUCAACAACAGGAUGUCUAUAGGGGUCUCUUCCAGUUGAACUUAGCUUGGCAUGUCUAGACGUUUCCAAUCCAUGCAGGUCUGGACUACGGAACUUAAUUCUCUGCGAUCUGGAACCCAUCUACCUCUGUCUGUAACGAAAGCUUUAUGAAACUAUCAUCUGUUGUAACACAACAGCUGCCUUGUUUGUUAUGAAAGCGGCUGGGUCCGCAUUUGGGUUGUCAUGCUUCAGACCCUGACGGAUUGCUAUUGAGAUGGCGAGAAUGUUAUAGAUCAGGUGCCAACCAUGAACGAGCAGUGACAUAGCUUCGUAGGGAGGACUAAGAUGGUUCACUUUCCUUGUUCUUUGAUAAGGUAAAUCCUCCAGCUUCCACAGAAAGAUGAGGAUGGUGAACAGGAAGUGAAGAAUGAGGAGGAUGGUCAGAACUGGCCUGUUAAUUAGUCCAACUGCUUCAAUACCUUAAUUAACAGCCAUCAGUAGCAGCAGCAGCAGCUGUAGAUAAAGUUGAAUGUUUAACUGGAAAAGAUGAGGAAAUAUUAUUUAUAAAGUUAAUUGUGUAGUGAAUCUGAAGCAAUAUGGCAGAUGUUGAUCUCUUGAGACUCUCGGACACCUAUGAAUUGUGACCAACAUCUCUCUGUCAUCUUAACACCAACUGUAUUGAUGACAGCUAAUCAACCAUUAAUAGCUAACGCCAUCAGCUGUUUUAUUAAUAAUAACUCCACUUUCAGGAUUGUUAAUCAACCAUCAACAGAAAACACCAACUUCAUUAACAGAUCCUCUGUAAUGACAAUUAAUCAAACAUCAACUGUGAACACUGUGGUGUUAGUAUCUUCCCUCUCAUGACAGUCAUAUAAAUAUUAACAGUGAACAACAAACAGGGAAACAUUAACAUUGAACAGUGACUUGUUUAACGGUCCUAGCUCUGGUCAGUCGUUAAUUGCUUUGAGCAGGUGAACUGUUAAAGAUGGAGGAGAAGCCCUUUAAAUGUGCAGAUUGCCACGAGGCUUUCUCUGAUCAAUCAGAUUUAGACUUGCAUGUUGCAAAUAGCUGUGAUGAUGUGGACCGGAAGGAUUCCAGUCAAUUCCUGAAGGCUUUCGGUUUGAGACAGAAAGGGAAAAUUCCAGAAAAAACUCAAGUGGAAAAAAAAGUGGAAAUCUCAGAUAAUAGUGUGGAAAACUUGCCUCCAACUGAGUCGAAGAAUAUUAAUGGUUCCGGCGGUGUUAGGAAACGGAAAACAUACAAAUGUGAUACUUGUGGGAAAGUAUUUUCUCGGAGCGAUCAUUUGAAAAUGCAUAAAUUGAGUCACUCGGAUGUCCGGAGCCAUGUCUGUGAAAUCUGUGGAAAAGCCUUUGCCCAGGCUGGGAUAAUGCGAAGCCACAUGAGAAUCCAUGCCAGUGUGAAGCCACAUGUUUGUAAAGUGUGUGGUAAGUCGUUUGUUCGUAGUUUUGCUUUGGAAGGCCAUGUCAGGAUUCAUACGGGAGAGAAGCCGUUUGUGUGUUCGAUUUGUGGAAAAACUUUCUCACAAAAAUCUGGCUGGAUAAGCCACACAAAGAACCACCUCGACAAGAAGGCCCAUGCAUGCGAUGUAUGUGGUAAGUCUUUCUCACAAACCUAUGCUCUGAAACGCCAUAAAAAGACCCACACGGGAGAAAGGCCGUAUGCCUGUUCGAUCUGUGGCAAAACUUAUUCUCAGAAAUCAGGUUUGACAACACAUUUGAAGAACCAUUCUGGAGAGAAGGCCUACACGUGUGAGAUUUGUGGUAAACAGUUUACGUUAGUUCACGUCCUCAAAAGGCAUCGACUCACCCAUUCUGGGGAAAAACUCUUUAAAUGUGAUACGUGUCAAAAACAUUUUGCUUGCAGCUCAUCUCUGAAAAUACACGAAAGACUCCAUUCUGGCAAGAAAAUGUAUCAAUGUGAUAUCUGUGGUAAGGAAUUUGCACAGGGAGGACAACUGAAAUCCCACCAUGCCACUCACACCGGCAACAAACCAUUCAAGUGUGAAGAAUGUGGCAAAGGUUUUGCUUUGAAUUCCAUUUUAACAAAACACAAACGGGUCCAUGCUGCCAUCAAGCCCUUCCCUUGCUCAGUUUGUGGGAAAGGGUUUACUCAAAACUUCACCCUUUUGUUACAUCUUCGGAUCCAUACGGGCGAGAAACCCUUCAGCUGUGAGUUUUGUGGCAAACUCUUCUCCCGUAAAGACGGCUUGGCCAUUCAUCGGAAGAACCAUACAGGGCAGAAAGCAUUUACCUGCAGUUACUGUGGCAACACUUUUUCAAAGAGUUCGACUCUAAAGAGGCAUGAAAUGAUUCACACGGGGGAGAAACCCUAUUCGUGUUUGGAGUGUGGGGUGUCAUUUUCCCGCAAGGCACACCUGAAACGACACGAAGCCAUUCACAGGUCCACCGAGGCUUUUGUUGAGAAACCAGCGACACAGAAUUGAACAUUUGUGAAAAACAUUAAGUAAAACGAAAUAUCAGACUAUGAAUUUGGGGUUUCCUGCAGGAAGGGAUCCCUCCCAACCGUAGCCCUUGAAAAAAAAAUACCAUUGUCAACCAUAUCACCUCUAAAGUAACAUUUAAUAUCUUGUCAAGUCAGUGUUGAUAGUUUUUUCUUAUCUAAUGUACCAAACUGAAAUGUGUUAAUGUGGUGGGUGCAGAGAUGGAUAGAUCAAAAGUUCAAUCCCAGUUGGCAUCAUCUGACAGUUUGGUUUCCUCUGUUGGACUGGGGUGUUUGAACAAAGGUGUGAGAGGGAAAUUGACCCAAAUGAAAAACAAAAGCUAAACAAGGAAUAUCCAAACAGUUGUCAGACAUCAGCCCAUACCUGGGUUAACACCUGUGUCCAGUUGAUAAUAUCGUUAAUGACCUGCAUGCACCUGCACCCUCACCUGUCUUCCCAUUUGUCAGGACUCCAUCAUAUCUUAUCCCUCCAUUUAUUCCUGUAACAAUAUAGGGCUGUGCUACAGUGACACACACACAUGCACAUACAGAUACUUACUCAGUGUAUACACAACCUUUACAUUCAGCAUGUAUACAUAUCAUAUAUAUCUCACACACCCUCAAAAUGGUUACAUACAUCCAUACACACAUUCAUAUCCAUCCAUCCAUACUUACAUACAAAUGUACAUAUACAUAUACUCACUCAUCCAUCCAUCCUUAUAUACACAUGUACGUAUGUACACUAACUUGUAUAAUACAGAUGAGGUUCUGCUUGGUUGCCCAGCUUGCUAGAAAUAGCUGCCAUAUCUCCCAUAAAUUCCACUCAGGCAUCUCAAGAAAGAUAUAGAGUACACCAUGUCUGAAAAAAAUGGGAUGGUCAUGGCUAGAAUACCUGUAAUCCUUGGUUUGCUUGAUCAGGGCUGAAUUGGGGCUAAACAGCAACAACAGCAACAAGACUCUAAUUUGGAAUUUCAUUCAAAUAAUUCAUCAGAAUUGUGUUGUUUAUUCUGAUGUGUGUGUCCCCAUUUUUCUUAGAGAACAGUAUGGUUUGAGGGAGAUUUGUUUGCUAUUUCUAGCAGGUUGAAGUACCACAUCGAGGCCCCCAAAACAUAAACCCUCCACUUAGACCAUGACCUUUACCCCUUCCUUCUACCACUCACCAGAAAAAUAAUAGGGAAAUUCCCAAGCUCAAAAUCCUCAGGGUCCCCUCAAAAACAAAAAAAAACCUGAUGGGAUAUCUGUGGUAAGGAAUUUGCACAGGGAGGACAACUGAAAUCUCACCAUGCCACUCACACCAGCAACAAACCAUUCAAGUGUGAAGAACAUGGCAGAAGAAUGAGGGCCUGAAGGAAUUACAAAUCUUACCAACAACUGCACUUGCUCAUAUCAACAUCGGCAAAUCAUCCCCAACAUUUUUUUUUCUUUUGAAAAGUGAGCCAAAUAAUUAUUCCAAUUCUAAAACCUACUCACAACAGCUUCACACAAACUUUUACACUUAGGGUUUACAUUACUCACAAAUGCCACAGAAAGAUUGCCUUCAACAAUGACAUAAACCCUACAUAUAUUAUCAUAAUUACUAAUGGCAUCAGUAAAUACUUAAUCCAAUCCCUAGUUACCCACUUUUUAGAAUAAAAUACUCAACACAGACACAAAAUGCCAGGUGACAAAUUACUUCCCAGGUUACCAUUCCUGUACCACUGUGCAGUAAACAACUCAGAGCUUCUGUACAGUACAAUCGUGACACAUUCAGAAUCUGCUAUUUCCUAAAUGGUGUACUGCAAGGAUCCAUCCUGCUACCCUUUCAUUUUAAUUCAUGCCAACACCCACACAAAAUAAACCCAGCUUCAUGUGUUGAUGCUAUUACAAUCAAGUCAGUCGACCACUUUUGUAGACACAGCCACACAAACUGAAACAAACUUACGUCA